UAGUGCGGGACUCCUGUGCAUUGUUCUGUACUCUUGUUUUUUUUGCGCGGGGGGGCAGUUCGGAGGUGGUCGGUGCUUGUUGGCGGUGGCUCGGCCCUUCUGGGCGGACGCUUCCACCCUUAACCACCGCCUUUCUCCAACUGCACUGGGACAGCCUCUAUUCUUCACUUUUUGUAAGCAGCGAAGACGGCAUCGCGGGCGGGCGCGGUUCAAGACAACCAUGGGAAGUUUAUCUUAUCCGAGAUGACCGAAAAUCGACGUUUUUGCUGGGAAACGUCCAAAAGAAAAACUUGUUUUCGGAGUUCCACCUCCCCUCCGCUCCCCCCGUAGGAUUUGAUUCAAAGGCGACAAGCAAGAUGGCCGCCGACUCUGUGCAGGGGGAUGUCAGGGGUCAUCUGGUAUCAGAGAGGUUGGGUCUGGGCAACAAUCUGGACCUGUCAGACACCAUGGUCCAACAGAAACUGGAAGAGAUCAAGGAGCAGAUUCGGCGUGAGAUCCGAAAGGAGCUAAAGAUCAAAGAAGGUGCAGAGAAUCUGCGCAAGGUCACAACAGACAAGAAGAGCCUGGCUUAUGUCGACAACAUGCUCAAGAAAUCUAACAAAAAGGUUGAGGAGCUUCACCAAGAGCUACAGGAGCUCAACGCCCACAUUGUGGUUAAAGACCCAGAAGAAUCACAAGAAUGCCCCCUGACCCCAGAUACCCCUAACAGCGAGAGCCGAAUGUGCACAAGCAGCAGCCGCCUAGCUGCCCUGAAAAGACAGAACGACAUUGAGCUCAAGGUCAAACAGGGUGCAGAGAACAUGAUUCAGAUGUACUCCAAUGGGCCGUCAAAGGAUCGCAAGUUGCUGGCGACGGCACAGCAGUUGCUACAGGAUAGCAAGAUGAAGAUCGAGUUCAUCAGGAUGCAGAUCCUCAAGGCCAGCCAAACCAAUGAGCUGAACUUUGAGAACAACGACGUGAUUGACAAGGCCAUCAUCAGCCCUUUGGACCUUCGGGUGGAGGAGCUGUGUCAUCAUGCCAGAAUCGAAUCUGCAGUGGCGGAAGGAGCCAAGAAUGUUAUGAAACUCCUGGGCACGGGAAAAGUCACAGAAAAGAGAGCACAUUUAGAGGCCCAAGCCCGCUUUAAUGAAUCCAGCCAAAAGCUCGACCUCCUGCGCUACUCCUUGGAGCAGCGCCUCAGCGAGCUGCCCAAGAACCACCCACGGAAUAGCAGCAUUGUGGAAGAGCUGUCACUCCUUUCCACGCCGGUCUUCAGCCCACGAUCUAGCAUCAUCUCCACACAGAACCAGUACAGCACAGUGACAAAGCCCGCUGCACUUACAGGCACCUUAGACGUUAGGCUUAUGGGCUGUCAAGACCUUCUGGAAAAUGUUCCUGGCCGCUCGAAAGCUGCAUCUGUCCCUCUGCCGGGGUGGAGUCCCAGUGAAACACGCUCAUCCUUCAUAAGCAGAGCUAACCGAAACCGCAGUGUGAGCUCACGGAACAUGACAAAAAGCGAGGAGCUCUCUAAUGAGAUCAGCGCAGUUUUGAAAUUGGACAACACAGUCGUUGGUCAGACCAGCUGGAGGCCAGUCAGCAACCAGGCCUGGGACCAUAAGUUUACAUUGGAGCUGGACCGGUCUCGCGAGUUGGAGAUCUCCGUUUAUUGGCGUGACUGGCGCUCACUCUGCGCCGUAAAAUUCCUGCGUCUUGAGGACUUCUUGGACAACCAGCGUCAUGGAAUGUGUUUGUACCUAGAGCCACAGGGGAUGCUGUUUGCUGAGGUAACGUUUUUUAAUCCCGUCAUCGAGAGACGACCAAAAUUGCAGAGACAAAAGAAGAUUUUCUCGAAACAGCAAGGUAAGACUUUCCUGCGAGCCCCUCAGAUGAACAUCAACAUCGCUACUUGGGGCCGUCUGGUGAGAAGAGCCAUCCCAACUGUGAGCACCAACUCCUUCAGCCCACAGGCUGCCGAGACCGGGUCCAGCGGCAUCCCAGGUUCACCCAGACCCAGCAGUGACCCACUGGUGACCAAGCUGGAUUUUGACAGAGAGCCCACACCAGGACCCAAGUUCUACCCAGCACCCGACAGCAUCCGAGAACCACCGGAGAAACAAAAUUUGCUGCCUGACAAGGAGCAAGUGCAGCCCUUCGAUCCCUCCCUCCAGGAUGCGCUCGCCUCUUUCGACUUCCUGAACAAGAGGAACAGUGUGGCGGUGAAGCCCAAUCUGGACCUGGUGGCCGAGACGGAGCUUCAGCAUCCCGACUUGGAGCUCACGGCCUUCCCAAAAGAUGCGGAGAUAAGGGAAGAAGAACAGUUUCACUUUAGCCUCAAAGACUUCAAAUGUGUUGCAGUCCUUGGACGCGGGCACUUUGGAAAGGUUUUGUUAGCGGAGUAUAAAAGUACGGGUGAAAUGUUUGCCAUUAAAGCUCUGAAGAAAGGCGACAUUGUGGCUCGAGAUGAAGUCGACAGUUUGAUGUGCGAGAAGCGGAUCUUUGAGACGGUCAACAGCGUGCGCCACCCGUUUCUGGUCAACUUGUUUGCAUGCUUCCAGACACAGGAGCACGUGUGUUUUGUCAUGGAGUACGCCGCGGGGGGUGACCUGAUGAUGCACAUCCACGCCGACGUCUUCUCUGAACCGCGGGCCGUAUUUUAUGCCGCCUGCGUCGUUUUGGGAUUGCAAUAUUUACACGACCACAAAAUUGUGUACAGAGACUUAAAGCUGGAUAACCUGCUGCUUGACACUGAGGGUUAUGUGAAGAUUGCUGACUUUGGCCUUUGCAAAGAAGGAAUGGGCUUCAGGGACCGAACCAGCACUUUCUGCGGAACGCCAGAGUUUUUGGCUCCCGAGGUCUUGACUGAAACGUCGUACACGCGUGCCGUGGACUGGUGGGGGCUCGGGGUGCUGAUUUUCGAGAUGCUGGUUGGGGAGUCGCCGUUCCCCGGUGACGACGAGGAGGAGGUGUUUGACAGCAUCGUUAACGAUGAAGUCCGCUACCCAAGAUUCCUCUCCACUGAAGCCAUCUCCAUCAUGAGGAGGCUUUUAAGGAGAAGCCCGGAGCGCCGUCUUGGAGCAGGCGAAAGUGAUGCGGAGGAUGUCAAGAAACACUUAUUCUUCAGAAACAUGGACUGGAACGGCCUAAUGUCCAAGAAAGUGAAGCCCCCGUUCGUGCCCACCAUCCAGGGCGCUAACGACGUCAGCAACUUCGACGAUGAAUUCACCUCGGAGGCACCCAUCCUGACCCCGCCCAGGGAGCCGCGGGUGCUCAACUCGGACGAGCAGAACAUGUUCUCCGAUUUUGAUUACAUCGCUGACUGGUGUUAGCGCUGUGAUUACAACUUUUCUGUACAAAAAUAUUUCAGGGAUCAAAGACGCUUCCCUGAGGAAACCCACUUUUUUAAAGAAUCAUGAAGAAUUUUUUUUUUUUUUUU